AUGUCACAGGAGGAUUAUGAGACCUACAAGCUUGGCGACUGGGAGCUUCAAAGCGGGGAGAAGAUCGUUGAUGCUCAUAUCGCGUUCAAAACAUUUGGAGAUCCAAACUUACCAGCUAUCUUGUACCCAAGCUGGUUCUCUGGCUCACUUUCCGAUAAUUUCUGGCUGAUCGGAGAAGACAAGUCGUUGAACCCAGAGAAGUUCUUCAUCAUCGUCACUGGCCUUUUUGGAAAUGGGCAAUCUUCAUCGCCGUCUAAUCAGCCUACGCCAGGCCCAUUCCCGAAGGUUUCGUUUUAUGAUAACGUACGGGCACAGCAUGAGCUGGUUACGAAAUACUUUGAGAUUACACACCUGCGCGCUGUAGUUGGGUGGUCCAUGGGAGCUGGGCAAACAUUUCAGUGGGCAACUCAGUACCCCGACUUUAUGGAUCUCGCAAUCCCAUUCUGUGGAUCGGCAAAGACUUCUUUGCACAACCAAGUCUUCCUUGAAGGCGUAAAAAGCGCCCUUCUUGCAGUGAAGAAUAUCCCUUCAGCGGGCGCUGGAGAGAUUGGCGUGCGAAAAGAUCCUUUUGAGCUUCGGACUUGGACUGCGGAGGAGAGAGAGAUCGGUCUGAAGGCAAUGGGCAGAGUCUAUGCUGGAUGGGGAUUUAGCCAAGCCUUUUAUCGACAGAAAUUGUAUGAGAGUGUUCUAGGGUUCAAAGGACUCGAAGACUUUAUGCAGAAUUUCUGGGAAAAGUGGGCUUGUUCGAAAGACCCAGAAAAUCUGCUAGUCAUGAUCCAGACCUGGCAGAAUGGCGAUGUUUCCAAACAAGAGCCAUACAAUGGAGACUUUGAGAAAGCAAUGGCGUCGAUCAAGGCAAAGACUCUUGUUCUGCCAUCCAAGACCGAUCUUUACUUCCCACCAGAGGACUCGGAGUAUGAAGUUGCAUGCAUGGCGCCAGGGGUUGGAAAACUGGACGUUUUCCCCUCUAUUUGGGGACAUUGGGCAGGCGGCCCUGGUGAUAGUAAAGAGGACGUAGAAUGGCUGGACAUGCAGCUUAAACAGUUAUUUGCAGAGAAUGAGCCGCGUGGCAUUGCAGGCUUAGUGGAGAUGGUCAAGAAUGUGCUAUAA